AGCAGUGGCCUACUCAGGCGGCCCUGAAACCCCCGACUCCGGCAAGUCCCGGAGGCCGGCGUUGCGGGGAGCCAGGCUCCGGCCCGCGGGGGUUACGCCCAGGGAGCCCCGUGGGGAGAGCACUAUGAGCCCCGAAUGGAAGUCUCAGCUGGAGGAGAACCACCUGCGUCCUCCGCGUGCCCUUCCACCUGUGCCAAGUGCUGCUCAAGAUGAUAUUCUACUUAAUCGUCCUAAGAAAAAGAAGCCCAGGCCAAAACACACACUAGUUAGUACCUCUUUGGAUGGUCUUGUUCAGGCUGCUGUCCACAAACCACCUAAAGGCAGUGAGCCACCAACUGAAGAACCCAUAGAGCAUCCAGAAGCUCCUGUUCAAAGGAGAUACAAAAAGAAGAGACAAUCUCUUGAAUUGGAGACUUCCUUCACCCAAAAGAAGGUGUCUAGUCCGUCUUCAUUACAAAAUGAAAAUGGCGUUGAUGUGGAGCCAACUGAGGAGGCAGUUAUUCAAAAACCUCGAAAGAAGACAAAGAAAACCCGGCCAUCAGAAUUACAGUAUGCUAAUGAACUAGGAGUGGAAGAUGAAGAUAUAAUUACUGACGAGCAAAAUAGUCCAGAACAACAGUCUGUAUUCACUGCACCCACUGGCAUUAGCCAGCCUGUAGGCAAAGUAUUUGUGGAAAAAAGCCGGCGAUUCCAGGCCGCUGAUCGUUCAGAGUUGAUAAAGACCACAGAAAACAUAGAUGUGUCCAUGGACAUGAAGCCUUCCUGGACGACCAGAGAUGUUGCACUUUCAGUGCACCGGGCUUUCAGGAUGAUUGGUCUCUUUUCUCAUGGCUUCCUGGCUGGCUGUGCUGUGUGGAAUAUUGUAGUGAUAUAUGUUCUGGCAGGAGAUCAGCUAUCGAACCUCUCAAACCUUCUGCAACAGUACAAAACCUUAGCAUAUCCAUUCCAGAGUCUUCUCUACUUGCUUUUGGCUCUAAGUACAAUUUCCGCUUUUGACAGGAUUGACUUUGCUAAAACAUCAGUAGCAAUCCGAAGUUUUCUUGCUCUGGAUCCAACAGCUUUAGCAUCUUUCUUGUACUUUACUGCUCUUACACUAUCUCUGAGUCAGCAAAUGACAAGUGACAGAAUCCACCUUUACACACCUUCUUCUGCUAAUGGUAGCCUCUGGGCGGCAGGAAUUGAGGAACAGAUUCUCCAGCCGUGGAUUGUGGUGAAUCUGGUGGUAGCCAUUCUGGUUGGAUUAUCUUGGCUUUUUUUAUCUUAUAGGCCUGGCAUGGAUCUUAGUGAAGAGUUGAUGUUCUCCUCUGAUGUGGAAGAAUAUCCUGAUAAAGACAAAGGAAUCAAAGCCUCUUCAUAAUACCAACUCACCUUCAGAGUAAUAAUGACUCAGUAUUUAAAAAAUUUCCCAUUUUUUUAAAACCUGUUUUUGUAAGAUGUGUCUAUGUGUGUUUAUAAUUGAUUUUUUUGGUUAUAUAAUACUGAAAAAUUUCUCUAGGUUAUGGAAAAUGUUAAAAUUACGUCUGCUGUUUAUACCCAGACAUUAAUUUCUAUAGCAUUAUCAUGUUACUGACAAAGGAAAUAAUGAGGUAGCAACCAGCAAGUGAAAGUGUUUAUUUUCCUUUUUCUAAUUAGUUGCAUUUAUAAUGAUUAUCUUAAAAAGUGCAAAUGUAGAAAAAAGCCAUACUUUUAGUGUUACAAAAUAUAUAUCAGGUUUAAACAUAAAUUUAGAGAGUAGAGUUGAAGAAAAAAGAAAAAGGCCUUCAUUAUUUAUUUUUGAUGUCUCACUGAAUAAAUUGAAAUAUGAGAUUUAUGUUUUUUGAAACUGGCUCAGUGGUUGUAUAUCAUGUAAUAAUUAUAAUUCAUCUUGGAAGACGCUUUACUUCAUGACUAAUA